AUGACCACAGUGGCCGGCCGGCGGGCCUCGUCGGGGCCAGAAGCAGCUAUCCGCAAGACGACGACCUUUGCCGCCGCCGUGCUGCUCUUUACUUCCCUGGUCUCCGCGCAACAGACGUUCCCAUACGUUCCGACGACAAUCUUGCUCUCCUCCGCCUUGCCGGGAUCAUCAGGCAAUAACAGCAACCACGGUCUCGCAUACAUCUUCCACCAGGGUAGUUCCGGCGUCGAGCUCCUGUCGGUAAACGCCUCGGCUACCGUUGACGGCCCCGCAAGCCUGCAGACGAUAUCGACGAGCUUGCCGUUCCUCGACGAUGCGACCAAGACGACGGCUUUCCUCCCCACGAUGGCGGACAAUGGGACCAUUGUGGUUCAGGCGGGGGAUUGCAAAACGGCGGAGGGCUACGAUAUCUGGACAUAUACUCCAGGAGCGGCGGCAGGGUCUUCGGGAUCCUGGUACAAGACGGCGGCGGCACUACCUAGCAGCGCGGACUCGGACGCAGGUAUCAGCUUCUCGUCGACCCUCGCGCCGAGCAUGUCCGAGCCCGUGCUGUAUUCAUUCGGCGGCAUGUGUCUGGCGCCGACGACGGACGAAUCUACGUGGCAAGGAAAUGGGACAUAUACGAAAUCCAUGUUGAGAGUGGCCCCUUCAGACUCUGUGGCUUCGGGGUACUCCGCCAGCUUCAUCUCUGGCAAGGGUCCCGCCUACGCUGAGGCGGGCUUCUCCUUCACGCCCCUGAGCCCGUCAAUCUCAAACCGGUCCGGCAUCGUCACGCAACAGAACCGCUACGUCUUACUCGGCGGCCACACCCAGCAGGCCUUUAUCAACAUGAGCUCCGCCGCCAUCUGGAACCUACCAGAGGAGUCGUGGAACUUUGCGACAGUCAGCGCCACGCGCGUCGGAAGCAGCGAGCUCGCGGUCAAGGACGUCGAGAAGCGCGCGGGGACGGAGGUGGAGAGUCGGUCCGGGCACACGGCGGUGCUGAAUGAAGAUGGGACCGCGCUCAUCAUCUUGGGCGGCUGGGUUGGCAGUGUGUCUCAAGCUGCUUCCCCGCAGCUUGCGCUUCUCAAGAUGGGUGACACGUAUGGAGACUGGACAUGGUCGAUCCCAUCCCAACAACCGGAUGGUGGAAUUUACGGCCAUGGGGCAGCGAUUUUGCCUGGCAAUGUCAUGAUGGUUUACGGAGGAUACGAAAUCGCGACUUCAGGAUCCAAGGCGAAGAGACAGUCAAGCGGGACCGGGCUCAGAUUUCUGAACAUGACUUCCAUGGCAUGGAGCUCGAGCUACACAAACCCAAAUCAUGCGACCUCGUCGAGUGGGUCCGAUAGCUCCACCGGAAACGACAAUAUCAAGAAGAUUGGACUGGGUGUCGGCCUCGGCGUCGGGCUUGCUGCUAUUCUUGGCGCCUUUUUGGUUUACUAUUGUUAUAAGAGACAUUUGAGGAAGAAGAAGGAGAUGAGGGAGGAGACGAUGCGCUCUCUAGCGCAAGAUGCGACGCGAUUCCUGCAUCCAGAGGACGACAUGAUGGAGCGGGAUGGCGGAUCGGCCUACCCCUGGACGAGCCAUUCUUGGUAUACGGGAGGUCACGAUCCUUACGAGACGAUCGACAGAUCGCUCGGCUACGAAUCGCUAAGAACAGGCCAUGGCCCGGGCAAUAACCAAGGUGUUUAUCAACAACCGCCCGGUCUACUCAUUCCGCGCAAACCGAUACCUCGCGCGGCAAGAGGCGCAUACCAACCAGCGGCGAACCUUACUACUCCAGGUCACAUCCACCCGAUCUACGAAGCAGAUGAAGAUGACACCGAGCACGCCAACAGAAGAAAGGACCAGGAGCCCGCGACGCCUACCACGCCGGGGCACGCCGACCCGUUCAUGACGCCGACGGGUUCCGUCCCGAUCUUGACCCCAGGCAACCGCAACUCCAUGACUCCCAGUCCGGAGGCCCUCCUGCGGCGCAAUACGGAGGUGCAAGACUGGCAGUCGGAUAUUGACGCCACGGAAGCCCUCUUGGCUCGGAUGCCAUCCCGCCGCAACAGCCGCGUCUCUCCGACACGGCGCGCGUCGAUGCGUUCGGCGCGUUCUAUGGCUGAUGACGAGCGGACGGCCAGCAACGUCUCCGAGUCGGCGCGGAGCGCUAUCAGCGUUCCCACGCGCUCAGCAUCUGCGAGACGAAAUAGCACAGGCCCGAACAACCUAACCAUCAUUACCGAUAACCGGGUAGGCACCUCUUCGUCGUCAAGCAGUAGCGGACACACAUACUCCACCGCCAAGACAACCUUCAACGCCUUACAAGCUGAGGGCCCCUCACUGCUUCUCCAGGGCCAGCGGCUGCGCAAUGAGCACGACGACGACGAAGAAGACUUUGUACACAUCCCCAGCAGUCCCAGCAAGCACAAGCCCCGCCGGUCACUCGGGUGGCUCGGCAGCCUCCGGCGCGUCUUCAGCAGCGGCGUCAACAACAACUCGUCAGACUCGAGCGACCACGAGAGCCCACGGCGGUUAUCCCUCGACCAAGUCAGCUCGGACUACGAGCCGCGGUUGGUCGGCCUAUCCGGGAUCGGCGGCGCCGAGCUCCUGCGCAGGAAGCAGGGCCGGCACGACUGGGACAUUGACCAGAAGUCGCUCGACGAGUGGGAUAUCGAAAAGGCGAUUGAGCAGCGGCUGGUGCAGGUCAUGUUCACGGUGCCCAAGGAGCGGCUGCGGGUCGUCAACGCCGAGAUUGAAAAGGAGGAGGAGGCGAUCCUCGUGGACCCGGACAAAGACGAAAUGGAGGGGCUCGACGGGUCGCAUGCGGAUCUGGAGAAGAGGGCCCUCGAGGAGGAAUAUAGGGAUAAAGGCAAGGGCAAGGAGAUUGCUCUUGAGCACGAUGACGAAGAAGACUUAGGAUCCCGUAGUAGGGGCGUGUUUGCGCGGAGACCCGAGUCGCCGAGCACGGGGUCGCCGGUGCGCGGACGGAGGUUAUUACACCUGCCACCGCCAAAGGAUGACUCUGGGGGUGGUGGUUCUUCUCAUGAUGGUCAUGAUCACGAUCACCCGCUGCCGAGCCGGGAAGACUCUGCGGAGCCCCGGCCGUCGCUGACGCUGCGCACGGCCGAGGUUGUUAGCGUGGCGCGGCCGCGGACGAGGGUGCUCAAGAUGGUGGAGAGCUUUGAGUCGCGGAGCAGGGAGACCAGUCCGUCGCUCGGCUAG